AUGGCACGCACCCAAAAAGCCCUAAUCGUCCCCGCCAUCGGCGCGCCCGUCACCCUAAUCACCGACCGCCCCAUCCCAACCCCCGGCCCAAACCAAGUGCAAGUGAAAGUCUCCGUCGCCGGAAUCAACGGGCACGACGCGAAGAGCAUCGAAUACGGCCUCUUCAUCAACCCGAAUCUCUCGCGCGCAACGGCGGGCGGGGAAACGAGUGACCUCGAUCUCCCCUUUAUCCUCACCAACGACGUUGUCGGUGUGAUUACAGAAUUGGGGCCGGGCGUCGAGGGGCGUGGGUUGAGCGUUGGCGAUCGCAUCGUCUACCAGCCGUCUUUCGCACCUGGAUCCACGCAGAACGGACUGCAGGAAUAUGCCCUCGCAGACCUUGGUGCUCUAGCCAAGAUCCCCUCUGGGAUAUCCGACGACGAGGCCGCGACGCUCCCGACGAACAUCAUCGCCCCGCUCGUCGCGCUCUUCGACACCCUCGCCAUCCCCGCACCCUGGACCCCAGAAGCAAGCACAUUCGACUACUCACACACCACGCUCCUGGUCAUCGGCGGCGGCUCCAACUGCGGCGCAUUCGGCGUGCAGCUCGCGAAGCUCGCCAACAUCGGCACGAUCGUCGUCGUCGGCGGCGACGAGAAGAAGCUCAAGUCUCUCGGCGCGACGCACGUCAUCGAUCGCCACGGCGGAUUCGACAAAGUCCUCUCGGACAUCCGCGCCGUCGUCGGCGAUGACCUCGUCUACGCAUAUGACGCCGUCUCGCCGCCCGAGGGCCAACUCCUCGCGCUGAAUGCGCUCUCCAGUAGCAAGCGCGGCGCCCUCGCGCGAUUGCUUCCUACGGGACCCGUGGAUGAAUCGCGUGUGCUAGGCAAAGAAGCGGGCUUCGAGGUCCGCGAUGUCUUUGGGAGUAGCCAUAUGCAUCCGGAGCUUGCGCGGGGGUUUUGGGAGAGGCUGCCGGGGUUUCUGGAGCGGGGGGAGAUUCGGGCGCUUGAUUAUGUGGUUAAGCGGGGGUUGGUGCCGGAGCAUGUCAAUGAGGUUGUGCGGAGGUAUAUUGCCCGGGAGAGUGUGGUUAAGACGCAUAUUCAUUUGUAA